GUCUCUUUCGUCUCCACACCCUUGAGAUCUCUCCAUCGCUUCCCGGAGGAAAUCUCAGGUUGUUUUCAGCUUUGGGGUUUUUCGAUUUCAUCAUUUUCCCCAAUUUUCAGCUCCCGAUUCUUCCCUUCGAUUCCACCCCACCCUCCUAAUCUCACUGAUUUCUUCAUUUUCAAUGGGAUCUCUUUCUUUGUGAGUUUUCUUUUCACGUCACAACAGUUGAUCACCGAAGAAGCAAUUUUCCAAAUCUUUUUGUUGUUAAUCAAAAUUGCGUGUAUGGCGAUCAGAUUCACUGUUUCUUACUCCGACUACGUGGCCCAAAACCUAGCCACCGCCUCCGGAAAAUCCAAUACAUGCCGAAUUUUUCACGAGGUUUUUUCUCGUCCUCGUAUAUUCCAGAAUCCCGACUGAGAUCCCAUCGCCGGGUACGGUCCGGCAGCAACGGCGGGUUCAAGGUGUUCGGUUUCGGCGUAUGCCACUCUCGCAUGUGAUUUUCUUGGCGUUGAGACCUCCUCCAAACCUUCUCCCCUCGUUGUUGGAUUGAUCUCGUUGGUAAAGUAAACGGCUACCGGUGGUGGCGUUGGUGGUGGUUCUGGGGUUUUUGGGAUUUCGCCGUUGAAGGCGUCUUCCAUGAUUCUGUUUUUCCAAGGGUGGAAGUGGCUCCCAUGUAACGAGAUUAACAGUACGGAGGUUGAUAAAGGCGGUACUAGCUCGAUGAAGUCCAAUCAGACUACUACUGAUUGCGUGAAAACCUGCAAUGUUGCAAGUACCAAAAUCAUCGUUGAGAGGAAGAAUUGGUUUUCAAAACUAUUAAGUGUUUGCUCCGAUGAUGCUAAGGCUGCCUUCACCGCUUUGAGUGUCAGUAUCUUAUUCCGAUCACAAUUGGCUGAACCAAGAUCCAUUCCCUCUGCAUCCAUGAGCCCUACCCUUGAUGUGGGUGAUUGCAUAAUGGCCGAAAAGGUUUCAUACAUCUUUCGGAAGCCAGAAGUUUCAGAUACUGUGAUCUUCAAGGCUCCUCCCAUUCUUCAGGGGUCCACUUCCGGUGAAAAACAUUGUCCCUUCUCUACUGUGUUCCGUGAAAUGAUACUCUCCUACAUUAUGCAGCCAUGUUGUAUAAUCUUAGCCAUUACACCUUCAAAUUCAGAUUUGGCAAACUCAGAUGCACUUCAAAUGGAUGGGAUUGUUGAUCCUGAUGAUGCUCAAUUACUUGAGACUAAAUCGGGGAUUAGCAACAGAUUAAGUCAUAAUCAAUCAUCGGUUAGCGCCAUUAUAUGCUCAGGCCUUUUUCCUGGCAUUGCAUCUGUAGUGCAUAGGGAGACAUCAAUGUCCUUCAAAACUAUAGAUGGUGUCCAAGUCUUACUCUAUGCAUUUUUUUCUUACGUCGGUGGUGGCGAAGUUCAAGAUUAA